CUUCCUGUUUGAGGCGGGAUUAGUUUUGUAAACACGCAUUCGAUAUGAUGUGAACUGCAGCAGACUGUAAACACAGCAUUAUCAGCACAUCUUCUUUGUUUAUCAAGCAGACAUAAAUAACUGGCGCAAGUUCAUGAUGGCUGCAGAUUCAGCAGAGAACAUCCUCACUGAAAGCAAUGAUGAUAUUCUCAGCCCUGAUGACCUGUCAGAAGUGUUGGCGGCCGGAACCAAGGAAUCUCACGACAAAGCCGAGAACUCGCCAUUUGUCAAGGACUUUCUGAGGGGCCGAAUCAAACGGGAACUUUUUAAGCUUGGCACAACCGGCCUGUACUAUGUCUAUUCUGCCAUUGAGGAAGAGAUCGAGAAGAAUAAGGAGCAUCCCAUGUUUGCCCCACUAUAUUUACCCUCUGAGCUUCAUCGGCGAGACGCCUUGGCCAAAGACCUGGAGUAUUUCUACGGUGAAGACUGGGAGAGCAAGAUCUCCUGCUCGGCGGCCACCAGGCCCUACGUAGAUCGCAUUCACGAGGUGGGUCGCAACGACCCGGUUCUUUUGGUUGCGCACGCUUGGACCCGCUACAUGGGCGACCUAUCAGGAGGGCAGAUUCUUAAGAAAGUGGCUCAGCGGGCCCUCAAACUGCCCCCUACUGGUGAGGGGUUGAACUUCUACCAUUUCGAGGGCAUCAACAACGCCACGGCCUUCAAGAGGCUGUACCGCAGUCGGAUGAACGAGCUGGAAGUGGAUGCUGAGACCGAACAGAGGCUGUUAGACGAAGCCAACCUGGCUUUUAAAUUUAAUUUGGACGUGUUCUCAGAGUUGCAGGAGAUUGGGAAAGACAUUAAGGAGGAAGUGCAGGACGUCGGCUUCCCUGCACAUGGGGAUAUGGGUGGAGACAUCAGUAAAUGUCCCUACUAUGCCGCCAAAAUGGCGGUGAGUGGAAACACGACCUACGCAUGCCAGUUUGCUAGGAUGCUGCUUCGACAAUCCACAGUACAGGUGAUUCUGGCCACAUGGGUCGCCGCUGUUGCCGGAUUGGCUGCCUGGUACCUCAUGUGAUCACCUUUACCCAAGUCAACCAAUCAGAGAUGAAAAUAGGAAACGGCUGGGCUUCAAAGUGAAAAUGUUAAUGCUGCUGAUCAUAUAAAUGUUAACCCUCAAUCUAUACAACGUGUGUAUUAAAUACAAUGUUUUAGUCAUACUGAGAGAGGGGAAAUAAUGUUCUUGAUCCUGUUUUCACUCUCAGUCAAUAGUGUAAGCACACUUUAAAGGGCAUGAGAGAAGUAAAGACAUUGGAGUUGCUUAAAAUGAAACAAUUUAUGUCAGAACUUUAUCUUUUCUGUUGCACACUGUAAUACACGUUCAUUGAAAAUAUAUUCAGGUACAUCCCUGUGCAGUGAAUGAGUCCUAAGAACACUGUCUGGCCUGAUUUCUAAGUCCAUGUUUUCACAAAGAGGAGAUUAGGGAGUGUUUGUCUUUACUGUGUCUCAAAACUUGACUGUGUCAAGUACAAAAAAAAAAAAAAACUCCUACAUGAACAUUCUUGUACUUUAAUGUAUUGUCUCACCAAUAUAGAUUUGUACACAGAUACUAGAACCUCUACUGUCUUCUUAGAUAGUGAUGAUGUAUUAUUGUUAUUUGUGGCUGGAUGGUAUUAUAACACUUCCCAAUGUCCUCCUCAGAAAAACCCAUACAUGAAUGUUAGUUUCCUACAAUGUUAAUGACAGUAACUACAUCAACAAACGAGAAGUGAGAUACAAAUAGAAAGUGGAAUGAAAUGCAAUUUCAUUCAA